CGCUAGGGCGGCGCGCACACACGGCCGCCGCCAGCCGCCCGCUUAGUACGUACCGGAUCAUACGCUCUCGCGCGUUGCAAUCGUCUCGUUGCUUUACCCGCGGUCCAGUGCACUGUGUACCUACUCCGUAGAUUCCUUCGGCAGGUGAGGUUGGGGCCGGCGUGGCCCCGGCCACUCGAAGUGCGCCCGAAGCGGUAUUGAUCGCAUCCCGUUCCGUCCGACUGUUUCAAUGUUUAUAAACAGCCGGCUGCAUAUAUUCGCUCCCUCUUGUUUUUGAUACGUUUGUCUGACAGCGGGCGAUCCGGGCGGCUGAUCUUCAAUGCACCGGCUGCACCGCAGGACUCAGUGCACAAACUGUCAAUCGUCGUCGCAAUGAGUCGGAAUAAGAUACGAGUUUUAGAAAGAUAAAAACUUAGGAGACAAAAUAACGAGAUCUCAAUCGAACGGCAGAGAAUGUCACAGAGUGAUAGGCUGAUUGUAGAUAAAUAAAUGAUACGAUGGACAAUAUUUGUAUAGUAUACGUAAACUGAAGACUGUUUUGAUGGUGGAGGGAAUAAUAUAGAGUAGGCAGCGAUGCUGUCGUAUAUGGUGCCGGUUGAGGAGAAGCCGCCCCCAGUGCCGGGCAAGGGGCGGCUGGCGUUAGAGCUGGUGGGUGCGCCCGGCAGCCCGGAGGCGGCGGCGCGCCGGCUCCCGCCCCGCACCAACAUCUCCAAGGAGUCCUCCACGUCCUCCUUCGCCAGCGACCUCACCAUGUCCUCCUCCACGCCCACCGGGGCCAUAGACAAGCCCAAGCAUAAGCUCCUCGGCAACGGCACCAAACAUACAACUCUAAAGAGGGUAUCGUUUGGGAGCUCCAAGGGAUCAAUGGUGGAGACUCUGAUCUACGAAAGUCCUCUGCAAGAGGAACCAGAGAGCAGCCCACCCCCCAAGGCGCAGGAGACCGCGUUCCCCUACAUGCCUGCCGAAGAUGAUUCGGAGCGUUCGAAAGUCCGAGUGUCUUUCUACCAAGGGGCACGGCCUCAGUGCGUGUCACCGCCGCCGCCCGCGCCGCCGGCCGAGGCACACGUCCUGUACGCGACCUUGCUCUCCGCGGCCACCAACGCCGACAUGGCGGACCACGCGAUGUACAACAGACAGAUCAGCACGGAAAGCGGAUGGGACAACCCAUUCCGCCCCGACGGGGACCUGAGCCGUGAAGCAGACGAGAUUGUCUCCCUAAUUAAGGGAGGGAAACCCAUCACGCCCACGCCUAACGCCGCACCCCAACUGGCCGCCGAAGACGAGGAGAAGGCACAACACGUUAACAAUGUUCUUGGAAGUGCUCCGUCUUCGCCGCAGACGAAGGUGGCGAGUCCUGUGCAGCAGAGCACUCCGAAGGCGAUGAACGGCACGAAGAACGGCGCGGCGGUGGCGGAGCCGCGGCCCGGCCAGGUGGAGGUGCAGCGCUCGCAGCCGCAGGAGCCCCAGCAGGCUGAACACGUCACCAUCAAGAAGAAGCCCAAGUGCAAAUGCUGCGUUAUCCAGUAAACCAACCGACACUACCGCGCUUCAUGCACCCUUCCGGCGUAUUACGUCGGAAAAGCAAAGUGACAGUUUCGUUUAUCAUGAAAAUAUACUAAACGACUUGCAUAAUUUAUUAAUAACAAUGUCGUCACCGAGGUCGCUACAAUAUUUAUCCCACUUCGUUAGACCUUCUAAUUGCUAUUCUUGGUUAUAAAAUAUUUCUAACCUGCAAAUUAGACCCAAUGGGAUUGUCAAUUUUAAAAUCUACUGUAUGACUUUCUUGAUGGUCAGCGAAACUGCAAUUUUGCGUUUGUGAUGUCAAGCGCCCAAACGCUUCACACCGGUAACACGCUAUGCUUUCUACGACUAGGCAUACUCCCAACUUUGGUGUUUACUCGGUGCUAUUUCAUUUUCGACUCGUUCUAAACGUUUGUGACAAGUACCGUGUGCGUUAUUAUAGAGGAUCAACGUUUGUCUGCGGUGCUCUCACUAUUACACUCAUGCUGAUUAGUGACGGAGGCGACUUAUUUUUCUAACGCCUUCUCUAUAAAAACGCAUUUGCGUACACAUAUGAUAAUAUAAUCGUCUAUGCCUGUGUUCAAUAUACAACAAAGCAUCAUACAAAUGGCCUGUACUUCUAUGUACUAUGUUACACCUUUGUUUUGUUUGAGCCCAUUUUCAUAGUUGCAUUUGAUUAAUGUAGCACUUUUGAUUUCGACUGUUAUAAUAAUAAUAUUGUUUCCGAUAAUUUUACGUAAAGAUAUUUUAGAACUCGUAGGGUACAAACUGAAAGUAUUUAUAUUUUAGCUAGUCGGACGAAAAAAUAUUUUGGAUUAACGUUGCAUGCUGUAAUGCAUUUCCAAUAUAAUAAUUAUUAUUGCGCUUGAUGCGCAUUGAGUAAAACGUACAGAUGUUUAUUGUUCAUCUUACUGAAUGAAUCUCAACACGACGCCACCUGGAGCUGGAGCGAUGUCAGGAGCUUGCAUCACCACGAGAGAGACAUGUCAAACAAACCUCAAGGCUGCACCCAUCAGCAGCGUGGUUGGCCGCUAGCCACGUUAGGUCUUCGCACAGCCUUAUAUCAAUUUUGUACCUAAUUGUUCUGCUCAUUCGAAAUCAAUUUGAAAAAAUAUCAUAAUUUUAAAAUCACAUAAUUUAUUUUAGAACUGUUGCUAAGUUGAUAAUGUUUAAAAUACAUAAUUUAAAAUGUAUAUUUUUAUAUCUUUAUUUAUAAUAAAGUAUUAUGGCGUACGCAACUGUCAAUAUAUCUAGUAUUGGGAAAAUGAUUGUCAAAUGGCAGGUCCAGGGAACUGAAAUGUAGGCAACUUGUUUAUUUGUUGAGUGAACCGCGAAGCUUGAUCUGGCCGCAGCGUGAUGCGACGACGUCGCCGGCGCCGUCUGCACGGCUCGUCACUCCACCACUUCCCCAUUCACACCGCCUAAACUGCAUAUUCAGUUCUCUGCCCUAUAGAUAACUCUACAUAGAGAUUUUGUCAUAUGAUUGAUCUUUGAGGCUACUUUCGGACAUAUUACAGUGGAUUUAUUUGUUAAUGCAUGCGAAUCGACUUAAUUUCGAUAAGAAUAUUUCACUACGAUUUUAUUAUUAGACGAUUUUACGAUGAGAGUUCAACAGAUCAUGUGAUUUAAAAGAUACGAGUAUUUUGCUAGCAAUCGACAGUAGCUCCUUGGAUCAACAGAUUAAAGUUACAUAAAUGUUAUUACUGUUGUUAGCACAUGAUAAAUGUAUGUGUUACAUGAACUACACGCUUGCGUCCAGUAGUGUGUAUAGGUACACAUAUUCUUGUAAUGACUGUGCUUACCUUGUCACUAAUCAGUAUACUAGAAUACCUACUUAAUUCAGGAAAGUGUAGAAUUUAUAGAAGGGGUAGGCAUAUUUUUAUAAAGAAAUUGAUGGUAGAAUCCGUAACUGAUUAGUGACAAUAUUGGCAACAUAAGAAAGUGAGACUUAUUUUAUGUGCAUGACGAAAUUUUUCCUAAUUAUACUGAAAUAGUUCAAUAAAAUAAUUUCAAUAUUAA